CCCCGGACUUAAGCUUCUCAACCUCUGCCAGCGCAAAGCGUACUCGUCUCGUCUUGUCUUUCUGUUUGCUGCCGUCAUUAGUCGAAUGUUAUCAUUCUAGUGUCUGACCUUGGCUCUUUACUUCCAAGCUGUCUCUGUUACUCUGACUGGAUGGAUUCUAUCUCGGCCUCUGACGCUAUCGCGUCAACAUACUAGUCCCAACUACGGUGCUCAUCUCUCACCCCAUCCCUAACAGGCCCAUUAUUAAUGCUCCUCGUCUGCCUUUUGCUGUCCCGUCAUCUGCAGCUUUCCUUCAAGUACCCGUGUCUUUCGUCGCCUUUGUUGUCGGCCCUUUGCCAUCCCUCGGACUGACACUGUCAUCGAUCCUUACAUAACCCUGUGGUGUCUCGACAGCUUCGUCCACCAAUCGAUAUGUGGAAUGGUGUACACCUGCCGCGAGACAAUGCUCGCGAGAGGAAAUACGAAGGUCAGGCCAACCCGUGGCACGAAGAAAACAAUCCCGAUGGCCGCGCACAACAGCUCGACAACGAGGCUGCUGAGCGCGCUGCCGGAACAUGGGGCGAGCGCGACACUGGCAUAUCCGAUCCCACUGCCUCCAUGCAGGAAUUCGAGGCCCUGCGCAGGAACUUGACCUCUCUCUCCAAGUCAUCCUCGCGAGAAGACCGAGUUUCCAACAAUUUGCUGACCCGUACUAUCAGCGGGAAAAGCCAAAAGAGCCAGAAGAGCCAAAAGAGCGCGAAGACUUCUCGCAAAGUCCCCACCAUGGAAAACUUGCGCCGGAAUAGCGUCCAGGAACAGCCUGACCUGGAGCGACAAGAAACUCGGAAAUCGCGUGAGGAGGAGAUUGAGUCGCCCUUGGAACCAGAGGAAAGCCCGGAUCCGGAAAAGAAAGAGUCAGAAGACGACGACGAAUUCAAUCUCGAGCCCUUCAUUAGGGAUGGUCAUUUCGAAAAGCGAACCGAGGCUGGUCGCUCUGCAAAGAAGGUCGGUGUCGUCUUCAAAGAUCUGACUGUUCUUGGUGUCGGCUCGACGCAGACUUUCGUCAAAACCCUCCCAGAUGCCAUCAUCGGCACUUUCGGUCCUGACCUUUACAAGAUUGUCACCAGAUUUGUACCCGCCCUGGCCUUUAAGAAACACCAGGAGACACGCACUCUGAUCGACCAUUUCUCUGGUGUCGUCAAGGACGGAGAGAUGAUGCUUGUCCUCGGCCGACCUGGGUCUGGAUGCUCAACCUUUCUCAAAAUGAUUGCGAACAAGCGCGAAGGUUACGCGUCAGUGACAGGUGAUGUAUCUUACGGAGGCAUUUCUGCAGAGAGACAGGCGAAACAGUUCAGUGGCGAGGUCAACUACAAUCCCGAGGGUGACGUUCAUUUCGCCAAUCUCACCGUGUGGCAAACUCUCAAGUUUGCUCUUUUGAAUAAGACGAAGAAGCGCGAGACUGGCGAAGUUCCCACCAUUAUCACUGCUCUCCUGCGCAUCUUCGGCAUUGAGCACACUAUGUAUACCCCUGUAGGCGACGAAUACACUCGAGGUGUGUCUGGUGGUGAGCGCAAGCGUGUGUCCAUCGCAGAAACAUUAGCCACUAAAUCAACUGUUGUUUGCUGGGACAACUCUUCGCGUGGUCUCGACAGCAGCACCGCUUUAGAUUACGCAAGGUCUCUUCGAAUAAUGACCGAUGUCAGCAACCGCACGACCAUUGUUACCUUGUACCAGGCUGGUGAAGGUAUCUACGAAGUCAUGGACAAGGUCAUGGUCAUCGAUACCGGAAAGUGUAUUUACAUAGGCCCAGCGAAAGAAGCGAAGCAAUAUUUCGAGGAGCUUGGAUUCUACUGUCCAGACCGACAGACGACCGCCGAUUUCCUCACUGCUUGCACAGACCCUAACGAACGUCGUUUCCGCGAGGGCUACGAAGAUAGGGUACCUCGAACCCCUGAAGACCUAGAAAAGGCUUUCAGGAGCUCCAACAUGUAUAAACGCGUCCAAGAGGAGAUUGAUGACUACGAGAAAAAGAUCAAAGAGAGCGACUACGCUGAUGCUCGCGAAUUUGAGCAGACUACUCGCGAACAAAAGUCCCACAGGACGGUAUCAAAGAACAGCAACUUCACCGUCAGCUUCCCCCGCCAAGUCAUGGCCUGCACCCAGCGCGAGUUCUGGCUCAUCCUGGGUGACCGCGAAACACUGUACACCAAGUUCUUCAUCAUCAUCAGUAACGGUCUCAUCGUCGGUUCUCUCUUCUACGGACAACCCCUGAACACCAUGGGCGCUUUCACUCGCGGUGGUACCAUCUUCUUCUCGAUUCUGUUCCUUGGCUGGCUGCAACUGUCUGAGCUUAUGAAAGCGGUCUCCGGUCGUAACGUUGUUGCUCGGCACAAAGACUAUGCCUUCUACACCCCAUCUGCAGUCAGCGUGGCUCGUGUGAUCACUGAUUUUCCAAUGAUCUUCUUCCAGGUCGUCAUCUUCGGUAUAAUCAUGUACUUCAUGACCAGCCUGGACGUGGACGUCUCCAAGUUCUUCAUCUACCUGCUCUUCGUAUACAUCACCACUAUAUGCAUCACAUCUCUGUACCGAAUGUUCGCUGCGUUGUCACCAUCUAUCGAUGACGCGGUCAGAUUUAGUGGAAUCUCUCUCAAUCUACUAGUCAUCUACACGGGCUACGUUAUCGUCAAGCCCCAGCUCCUAACUCAGUAUAUCUGGUUUGGAUGGAUAUAUUACAUUGACCCUAUCGCGUACGCUUUCGAAGCUGUUCUAACCAACGAAUUCUCAGACCGGAUCAUGGAAUGUAGCCCGGAACAGUUAGUACCUCAGCAAGUCCCUGGUGGUCCUGCCGUACAGUCAGGAUUCCAGGGAUGUUCGCUCACAGGAGCUCAACCUAACGCAGUAACGGUGCCCGGUGCAGACUAUCUUCAGACUACAUACAACUACACAAGGUCGCACCUAUGGCGCAACUUUGGUGUCGUUAUUGCAUUCACUGUGCUGUAUCUCCUGGUUACCAUCUUCGCCGUUGAGGCUUUCAACUUCGCUAUCGAAGGUGGCGGUGCUAUGGUCUUCAAGAAGUCGAAGAAGGCCAAGCAAGCUUUGAAGGAGCAGAGCAAGCCAGGUGACGAAGAGAAAGGACAAAGCGAUGCCAACUCGAACACCCUGGCCCCAUCUUCCGCUGACAACAAGAAAGAGGAGCAGGCGCUUGAGGGCAUCUCUAAGAGCAAGAGCAUAUUCACCUGGAAAGACGUCGAGUAUACCGUUCCUUAUCGUGGCGGUGAGCGCAAACUGCUCAACAACAUUAGCGGUUACGCCAAGCCUGGUAAAAUGAUUGCUCUCAUGGGUGCUUCCGGUGCCGGCAAGACCACUCUGCUCAACACGCUCGCUCAGCGACAAAGCAUGGGCGUUGUUGCUGGCGAGAUGUUGGUCGAUGGAAAGGCUCUUGCACAGGACUUCCAGCGCGGUACUGGUUUCUGCGAGCAGAUGGAUCUCCACGAGCUUACCGCUUCGGUUCGCGAGGCAAUCGAAUUCUCUGCUCUCCUCCGACAAGACAACAGCAUUCCAAGGAGCGAGAAACUUGCCUAUGUGGAUACCGUGAUAGAACUCCUAGAGCUGCAAGAUUUCCAGGACGCCAUCAUUAGCUGUCUUGGUGUCGAGCAGAAGAAGCGUGUGACCAUUGGUGUUGAAUUAGCAGCCAAACCCAGUCUUUUGCUCUUCCUGGACGAACCCACGUCUGGACUUGACUCCCAGUCCGCGUACUCGAUUGUCAGGUUUUUGAAGAAACUGGCGGCAGCUGGCCAAGCCAUUGUCUGCACAAUCCAUCAACCCAGCUCGGUACUUAUUCAGCAAUUCGACAUGAUCCUCGCUCUCAACCCAGGCGGUAACACCUUCUACUUCGGCCCAGUUGGUGAUAAUGGCCAAGACGUUAUUGACUACUUUGCCAAGCGUGGAGUCGACUGCCCACCUCGCAAGAAUGUCGCCGAGUUCAUCCUCGAGACAGCUGCCAAGCCCAUCAAAGGCAAAGACGGGCGAAGAAUCGACUGGAACGACGAAUGGAAGAAGUCGGAUGAUAAUGCCGCACUCAUCAAGGAAAUCGAUCAGCUCUGCUCUGACCGCAGCAAGAACGCCGAUCAGCGUAACAAGGAAGACAUCAAGGCCUAUGCUGCACCGAUCUACCUCCAAACCGUCGAGCUCACCAAGCGUACGUUCCGCCAGCACUGGCGCGACCCGUCAUACUACUACGGUAAACUCUUCGUCUCGGUCAUCAUUGGUAUCUUCAACGGCUUCACGUUCUGGAAGCUGGGCAACUCCGUACAAGACAUGCAGAACCGCAUGUUUACGUCUUUCUUGAUCAUCGUCUUCCCACCCACCAUCGUCAACGCCGUCGUGCCCAAAUUCUUCCAAAACAUGGCUCUCUGGCAGGCUCGCGAGUACCCGUCACGCAUCUACGGCUGGUUCGCCUUCACGACCGCUCAGGUCGUGACCGAGCUUCCAAUCGCCGUCGUAGGCGCCGUCAUCUACUGGGUAUUGUGGUACUUCCCCGCCGGUCUCCCAACCGACUCCUCUACAGCCGGCUACGUCUUCCUCAUGACGAUGCUCUUCUUCUUCUUCCAGGCCUCCUGGGGCCAAUGGAUCUGUGCCUUCGCCCCAUCCUUCACCGUCAUCUCAAACGUCCUCCCCUUCUUCUUCGUCAUGUUCUCCCUCUUCAACGGCGUCGUGCGGCCCUACUCCAUGCUGCCCGUCUUCUGGCGCUACUGGAUGUACUACGUCAACCCAUCCACAUACUGGAUCGGCGGCGUCCUCGCCGCCACCCUAACCGGCCAACCCAUCCAAUGCACCUCCAGCGAAACAACCCGCUUCAGCGCACCCCCCGGCCUCACCUGCGCCGACUACGCCGGCGCCUUUGCAUCCGCGUCCGGCGGCCGUCUCGAGAACCCCGACGCAAUGGGCCAAACGUGUGAGUACUGCCAGUACACCGUCGGCGACCAGUAUCUCGCCACGCUCAACAUCGAGGCGCGCGACAAGUGGCCGUACUUUGGCAUUUUCCUCGCGUUUGUGGUGAGCAAUUGGGCGCUUGUGUAUUUCUUUGUUUGGUCGGUGCGCGUCAAGGGGUGGGGUUUUGGGUUUGGGUAUCUCUUUGGCGGUGCCGGGAAGGCUAUUGGUGCUGUGAAGGGGUUAUUGGGAGGGAAGAAGAAGGAGGGGGAGGCUGAGACUCAGGAGGAGUAAUACACUUUGGUGAUGGUGGUUUGUGUUAUGUGCCUCAACUAGUAAUGAUAGAUCUCGCAGGAUCUCAUCCGUCUGCAAUAGAUAGAUAUAUAGACCUCGUGCUCGCAAAAGUACGCUUUAAUAGAAUUUUAUUCUCUGG